CCAAGACUUGAUGAAAGGAACAAUCUGCAAAUAGAAGUCUUGGCAUCAGAGAACUGUCCUUUCACAAGCCUCUGAAUAACGAUCUCGUUUUGCUCAGAAGGAAGUGUUUGAAAUUUAUGGAUUCAUACCUUUAGUUCUGAGAGUAGACUAUAAAGGAGCAAUCCAGUAAGACUGUUUAUACACACCCAUUGCUUGGCUCAGUUGGACAGCAGAACUACAGGAAGAGUCUAGACAGACUGUAGGUGUGCAGACACAGUGAGGUGAUACGAUCUCCACAUGGUACGCCAGCUGGUGACACUGCUGCUGUUUCAUGCAGUAUGGAAUGGUGUUCUUGGCAAAAACCAUUUUGUGACUAAAAGAGGACUCAUUGAAUUAUACGGAGCCCUAAAAUGUGGUACAAGCCGAUUUUCUUUGGCCUAUGUAGGUUAUGGGUGCUAUUGUGGUCUAGGAGGAAGAGGUUGGCCCAAGGAUGCAACAGAUUGGUGCUGCCAUAGACAUGACUGCUGUUAUGACUUUGCACAACGACAAGGCUGUAACCCCAUAACAGAAAGAUAUAAGUGGACUUGUCAGGACAAUACUGUGAUAUGCGAUGCUGUUCUAGACAGAUGUCAAAGCAUAAUUUGCCAGUGCGACAGAGAAGCAGCUCGGUGUUGGAGAUUUGCCCCAUUCAAUAAGCGCUACAUCUUCUGGCCAAAUUUUCUUUGUGGUCAAAUAUAUCCUUCAUGUAGCUAUUGGCAUUAAUAGAUUUUUAUAAUAAACAAUUUAAAACUGUU